AUGAAGUUGUUUCAAUAUGAUUCUUCAUCAAGGCAAUCUACACCAGACCCGUUUAGUGAUAAUGGAGAGUAUGGUUCCGAUAACGACUAUGAUCCAGGUUAUGAUGAUAAUACAGACAGCACUAGCACUGUUAGUGAUCACACAAAGCAACGUGAAAAGAAACAAUUAAAGAAACGUUCCAAGGACAACGCAACGAGGUCACAUGGUAAACGCAACUCUGAAAGCAGUGUAAGUAGCAGCUCUGAUUCUGACGAUCGAACCGAAGGCUUUAGCGAGUGCACGGAUGUAUGUGAUAGCGAUGACAACGAGGAUGAUACAAAUUCAAUAUCGGCAGAAUCUAGUGAUGAGAGUAUUUUUGACAGUAGAAAGAGAAAAAAGAAAGGGCAGAGUUCCCCUUUAGGAUCAAGAUACAAAAAACCUAAGAUCGCCAGUGCAGAUCAGAGUACCGACACUAUGUCGUUAGACCCUGAGGCAUUGCUAAAUAAUAUAGAAAAUCUUGAAAGCUCUUCAGUGCAACUCGAUCCUGCAGUAUUAGAAAAUAUCUCAAUUUAUUCACAUAUCGAAGGAAGUCACUCCCAUACUAAUCCACAAAUUCAAGGUGCUGAAGACGACCAUGCUGCUGCAGCUGCUGAGGUUAAUCCCGCGCCUGCCAACCUACGUGCACUGGAACUAGACGCAGCUGCGCAGCGCCACUCUCCUGGUUCUCCUGCACCGGAUCCAGCAGCUGCUGAGGGAAAUCCCGCGCAUGACAACCUACCUGCCUUGGACCUGGAUGUAGCUGCGCAGCACCGCUCUCCUAGCUCUCCUGCACUGGAUCGGGAGGCUGUUGAGGGAAAUCCCGCGCCUAUCAACGUAUCUGCCCUGUACCUGGAUGCAGCUGCACAGCGCCGCUAUCCUGGCUCUCCUGCACCGGAUUCAGCAGCUGCUGAGAGAAAUCCCGCGCUUGACAACCUACCUGCGCUCAGCGCUCUCCCUAGCUCUCCUGCACUGAAUCGGGAGGCUGUUGAGGGAAAUCCCGCGCCUGUCAAAUUAUCUGCCCUGUACCUGGACGCAACUGCGCAGCGCUGCUCUCCUGGCUCUCCUGCACCGGAUCCAGCAGCUGCUGAAAGAAAUCCCGCGCCUGCCAACUUAUCGGCCCUGGAUCUGGACGCAGUUGAGCAGCGCCGCACUCCUGGCUCUCCUGUAUCGGAUCCAACGGCUGCUGAGGAAAAUCCCACGCCUUCCAACCUACCUGCUCUGGACCUGGACGCAGCUACGCAGUGCCGCUCUCCUAGCUCGUCUGCAUCAGAUCGGGAGGCUGCUGAGGAAAAUCCCUCGCCAGCCAACCUUCCUGCCCUGGACUUGGACGCAACUACGCAGUGCCGCUCACCUAGCUCUUCUGCACCACCAGAACUAAACGCUACUGUAAGAUAUCCAACUCCGGCCAGCACACUUGCACUGGAGGUAGUUGCAGAGCGUGGCUUGUCCGGCUCUCCUGUGCCAGAACGAGAUGCUGCCGAAACGAAUUCUGCGCCUACCAGUCCAUCUGCUUUGGAUCGGGAAGCAUUUGUACAACGCAAUCCUUCUAUCUGUCAUGUGCUGGACCCAGAGGCCGCCGAAAGAAACUCCGUGCCUGACACACUCCCCGAGAUAAGUCCAGCGACCAAUUGCAGACCAAGCACUCCUCCACUGAUAAAUUAUGAUUUGGAACACACGAACACAGACAUACCUUCGUUCGAGUUUGAUGAAAGUUCAGCAGGUGUCCAGUUUGAAGUCAACCCAGCUAUGACAGUUAUGGAAAUAUUUGAUAAAAUUCUUAAUCCUAAUAUUGUAGACUAUAUUGUAACAUGUAUUAAUACGUACGGGCGAGCACUAUGCGAGACAACAAGACCUACUACUCGAAACUCACGUAGCUAUAACUUUAGGGACACAAACCGGGAAGAAAUCUUGAAAUUUUUUGGAUUAUGUUUGCUUAUGGGUCAAAUCAAAAUUCCUCAAAAACGCAAAAAUUUUACGUAUUCCGACCCACUGUAUUAUCACCCAAGUUUGCACUAUGUGAUGUCCGCUCGAAGAUUUGAGCAAAUCUUGAGAUGUAUUUAUGUAUCAGAUUUAGAUUCAAAAGGAAAAGAUAAAAUUGAAAAAUUUAUUAAUGCUAUUACCAAGAGCUUCAUGGAGUGCUAUAAGCCAUACAAACAGUUAAGUUUGGAUGAAUCUUUGCUUUUAUUUAGAGGCCGCCUUGCCUUCAGACAAUAUAUAAAGAGCAAAAAAACACAACUGCUGGAACUGGCAAAAAAAUCUGAAAAGAUCGUCCUUCGUCUCAUGAGACCAUAUUUGCUGAAGGGACAUCAAUUAUACAUGGAUAAUUAUUACAAUUCCGUAACACUUUCGCAAAAGCUAGUUGACUUAAAAACUCACACCACAGGUACCUUACGUUCAAACAGAAAAGAUAAUCCCAAAGACAUCAUUAAGAAAAAACUCAAGAAGAAUCAACAUGUGUGGGUACGAAAAAAUAAGGUCUAUGUUUCAAAAUGGGUUGACAAGCGACCAGUUCUUAUGGUAACAACUUCAGUUCAUCCUCGGCUUAUAGAAAUACAAAACAGAUUUCAACAAAGAAAAAUUAAACCCGCAGAAGUGGCAGAAUACAAUCAACACAUGUCCGGAGUUGAUAGAGCAGAUCAAAUGAUCUCAUAUUACUCCUCACCAAGGAAAACAAUCCGGUGGUAUAAAAAAGUGAUGUUCCACUUGUUGGAUGUCGCAGUAUGGAACUCAUUUUUUAUUUUCAAAAAAUACUGCCAAGCCAAUUGUGAUUUCUUGCUUUUCCGAGAGGAAUUGAUUCGAAGACUGUUGGACUUACCAGCAGAUUUAACAGCAGAGCAAGUGAUUUUAGCUCGCAGCAAAUAUGACAACAGAAUCAGAGCUAAUUUAUUGCCACUUCCAGUCAGUACCAUUGACGACGACGUCGGAAGCUCAAGAGUCCAUGGUCACUGGCCUGAGAAAAUACCCGUGCAAGAGGGUUCAAACAAAACAUCAAAGUACUUGAAAUGCAAGAUGUGCACGAAAAAAAAGGUGAGAAGGGAGACUUGCCUGAGAUGUAAAGGUUGCCCUGAAAAGCCAGCACUGUGUGCUCUUUGCUUCGAAGAGUGGCACAAAGAAGUAUAA